AAAGCAAUUUUCAGGAUAAAAUGCAAAGUACAAAAUCCAAAAAACAAUUUGUAAAUGGAUUUUGAUUACAUAAGGCUUACGCUAGAAAUGACAUCACCAAAUGGGCCUACAUGGACAAUCUUACAUGCGUUGCACAUUCCAUCACAUCCGAGAAAACUCUUUAACUAUCUCCCUCUCUAGAACAUCCCGUCCCUCCUCUGACCAUACGCCGUAUUCGUUUGUUGAAUAUUACACAUGUAUUCCUCAUCAAAAUUUACAAAUAUUCUAAUCAUCAAUUAUCAACCACCCCUUCUUCAGAUUCCAAUCACACCUACAAACAAAACGAUUAAAUUAACAAAUAUCCAAAAGCAUGAAAAAAAAAAGAAAAAAAGAAAAAAGAAAUUAGAAAACUAAUCCAUGGAAAAAUAAUCUCUCUCACACGUCAAAAGCUACAGAAUUAAAAUUUUUAUUUUUUAUUUUUUGAAAACAAUGCCUCUAUAUAAACCAGCCAAAUGCUUCUCACCGUGCUUCAUUCCUCUUCAUCCUACAACAAACCGUAAACGAAACAAAAGCAAAAAGAAAACAAUUGCCAGAAUGGAAAAUUCACAGAAACAAACCACCACCACCACCGCCACCACCAAAUCGCAACCAUCACGGGUAGUGAUAUUUCCGACACCAGGGAUGGGACACCUUAUUCCGCUGGUGGAAUUCGCAAAGCGUCUGGUCCAAUACCACAAUCUAACCGUCACCUUUAUCAUCCCAACCGACGGCUCUCCUCCCAAAGCUCAGAAAUCCGUACUCGACGUCUUGCCCGCUUCCAUCGACUACGUCUUUCUUCCUUCCGUCAACUUUGACGACGUCCCUCAAGGUGCAAGGAUCGAAACCUUGAUUUCCCUCACCAUCGUUCGCUCCCUUUCCUUUCUCAGACAAGAAUUGAAGUCUUUGCUUUCCCGUGCUAAUAAGCUCGUUAGCUUGGUGGUGGACCUCUUCGGCACCGACGCCAUCGAUGUCGCUAAGGAAUUCAACCUAUCGCCUUACAUAUUUUACCCUUCCACCGCCAUGGCCUUGUCUCUGUUCCUCCAUUUGCCCAAGCUCGACCAGUCCGUGUCCUGCGAGUACAGGGACCUACCGGAGCCGGUGAGAAUCCCCGGCGCCGUACCGAUUCCGGGGAAAGAGUUGCUCGAUCCUGUUCAGGACCGACAAAACGACGCCUACAAAUGGGUUCUUCAUCAUACCAAGAGGUAUGGAUUAGCAGAGGGUAUCAUAGUCAACAGCUUCAAGGAGUUGGAACCCGGGCCGAUUUCCUUCUUGCAGGAGAAAGAGCCCGGCAGGCCACCAGUUUACCCGGUUGGCCCACUUGUGAAUAUGGAGGCUAGUAGUAAAGCCGAUGGGUCGGGGUGUAUGAAAUGGUUGGAGGACCAGCCACAUGGUUCGGUGUUAUUCGUCUCUUUCGGCAGCGGUGGGACCCUAUCUUCUGAGCAGAUCAACGAGUUGGCUCUGGGUUUGGAAGCCAGUGAGCAAAGAUUUUUAUGGGUGGUGAGGCGUCCCAAUGACAAAGUUGCUAAUGCCACAUAUUUCAGUGUUCACAGCUCGGAUGAUUCUUUUGAUUUCUUACCAAAUGGGUUCUUGGAAAGGACCAAAGGGAGGGGCCUUGUGGUUCCUUCAUGGGCACCACAGGCGCAGAUCCUCAGCCACGGCUCCACGGGUGGGUUCCUAACCCAUUGUGGUUGGAAUUCUACACUUGAGAGUGUGGUCAAUGGUGUGCCUUUGGUUGCUUGGCCACUCUACGCUGAGCAAAAAAUGAAUGCCUUCAUGUUGACACAAGAUAUAGGUGUGGCACUUAGACCCAAACCAAAGGAAAGUGGUAUAGUUUGUAAGGAAGAGAUCGCCAAAGUGGUUAAGGCUCUCAUGGAAGGUGAAGAAGGGAAACGGAUUAGAAACCAAAUGAAGGACUUAAAAGAUGCAGCUGCAAGAGUUCUGAGUGAAAAUGGAUCUUCAACCAAGGCGCUUUCCGAGGUGGUUGCAAAGUGGGAGAACCAGUGUGUCCAUUAGGAAUUAAUUAAAAUUGCAAUCAUUUUCUACUUUUAUCCCUUUUUUACUGUCUUUAGUUUUUUUUUUUUUUUUUUGGCCCCUCUUGUUUAAAUGGUCUAAGUUCUACAUGAUAGUAUAAUACUUUGUGUUUGACUAGAAGAAGUGGGUUCGAUUUGCAUUUAUCUUUUUGCCUUUUUGUGAUGUUUUGGAGAGUAGGUGUGGUGGAUGUAGCCAUAAAAUUGGCACAAAGAGCACCAUCCAAAUGUAGCCAAAGAAGGGGACCCAACUGCUGAGAAAUUUUGUUACAUCACAAUAAAGUGGUGGACACUAAUUAGUUGGUUGGCUUGCAUUGACAUUGAUCAAUUGCAAAACAAAAUAUAUGUAUUAAUUAUAAACGUAAUGGGCAUUUCAGAAAUAGAACUGUUUGAUUA